CAAACUGACACCAGUCAUCUGCAUGCCAGGAUGAAGGCGGCGGCGGCAGCAUCAGCAGCAGCCUGUGGUUGUGUGAGGCAGCUCGAAGCAGAGGGGCGGGGAGGGGGCGCAACCGGAGCUUACAUUCAUUAACGACCACUGACAACCGGGCAGCCUCCUCCGGUGCCAUCACAGCGACACACAGCCGGGGAAGAUGGUCGCGGUGCAGACGUCCCCCAAUUCGUCUCCGUCGGCGGAGUGGAUCUGCUGUCUGGAUAAAAGGCCUGCGGAACGCUCUGGAGAGGACGUGGACAUCAUUCUGACCAGGCUGAGAGAGGUCAAAGCCUUCCAGAGGUUCCCACCUCCUCUCUUACUACAGAUCUGUGCCUGUGCCUUCUAUGAAUGCCUGGAGAAAGGCAUCACAUUGUUUCGGCAGGGUGACAUAGGCACCAGUUGGUAUGCUGUCCUGUCUGGCUCCCUCGAUGUCAAAGUGUCAGAAACCGCCAACCACCAGGAUGCCGUCACGAUCUGCACUUUGGGGAUUGGGACGGCCUUCGGGGAGUCCAUCCUGGAUAACACACCUCGCCACGCUACCAUUGUCAGCAGAGAGACCAGCGAGCUGCUCCGGAUCGAGCAGAGAGAGUUUAAGAGCCUCUGGGAGAAGUAUCGUCAGAGCCUGGCUGGACUGUUGGCCCCUCCUUAUGGAGCCAUGGAGAGUGGAUCCAACAAUGACAGACUCACAGACAAAGACAAUAUGAACUCAGACUCUGCAAACAAAUCGCACAGCAAGAUUCCCUCAGAGAAGCUGCAGAGAGCGGGAAAGGUUCUCCGCAAUGCCAUCCUAUCCAGAGCACCGCACAUGAUUCGAGAUAGGAAGUAUCACCUCAAGACUUACAGACAAUGCUGUGUAGGCACAGAGCUGGUGGACUGGUUGGUGCUGCAGAGCGCCUGUGUGCUCACACGGUCCCAUGCUGUUGGGAUGUGGCAGGCCCUGCUAGAAGAAGGAGUGCUUAAUCACGUGGACCAGGAGCUGGGUUUCCAGGAUAAAUACCUGUUCUACCGUUUUCUUGAUGAUGAGGAGGAGGACACACCGUUACCUAGUGAGGAAGAGAAGAGGGAGAGUGAGGAAGAGCUGCCAGAGACUAUCCUCUUCCUCGCUCAGAUUGGCCCUGACGCACUGCUGCGCAUGAUCCUCAGGAAGUCGCCUGGUCAGAGGACAGGGGAUGACCUAGAGAUCAUCUAUGAUGAGCUGCUUCACAUCAAGGCCUUAGCUCACCUCUCCAACACUGUGAAGAGGGAACUGGCAAGCGUGGUGAUCUUUGAGUCACAUGCAAAAGCUGGAACUGUGUUGUUCAACCAAGGAGAAGAGGGCACAUCAUGGUACAUCAUCCAGAAGGGCUCAGUUAAUGUGGUUAUCUAUGGCAAGGGUGUGGUGUGUACGCUUCACGAGGGCGAUGACUUUGGAAAGUUGGCCCUGGUUACAGAUUCACCUCGAGCUGCCUCCAUUGUCCUGAGAGAGGACAACUGCCACUUCCUUCGUGUGGAUAAGGAAGACUUCAACAGGAUACUCAGGGAUGUGGAAGCCAACACAGUGCGUUUGAAAGAGCAUGAACAAGCUGUGCUGGUGUUGGAAAAGAGUCCCCGAGCCUCCACGCUGGGAAGCAUCAAAUACACUGUGAUAUCGGGAACACCAGAGAAGAUUCUUGAACACUUCCUGGAGACGAUGAGAAUGGACAUACAUCACAGUGAACCAGACCCAGCAGUGGAUGAUUUUGUCCUCAUGCACUGUGUCUUCAUGCCCAACAGCCAGAUGUGCCCUCUACUCAUGGCACACUACCAUGCGGCGUCUCCUCCUGGCUCUGAGCAAGAGAGGCUGGAGUACACACUCAACAGUAAGAGGAGGGCCCUCAUUCUGGCCCUGCGCUGGGCAAACACACACACAUACCUGCUACAAGAGGAACCUGCUGCAGUCUCUUUCCUAGAGGAGCUGUAUGGAAGUUUAUCAAAUGAUUCUCGGAUGCUGAGAGCUCUGAAAGACUUGGUUCCUGAUCUGGAGAAAAUCGUCAAAUUGCACUCAGAAGAGGCGAAGUCAGCAAAAAAGAAGACCCUAAUACGACAGUUCAGCAAUGGAGAGGAAAGGCUGCAGAAGAAACAGCCCAUUAGGAAUCAAGACGACAUCCUUUUAAAGGUCUACUGCAGUGAUCACACAUACACUACAAUCAGGGUUGCUGUGGCAGCGACAGGAAGAGAAGUGAUCAGCGCUGUGACCGACAAACUCGGCACCACUGAUGAGCUCCUGUUGGUCCACUUCAGCUCCGCUGGUGAGAAACAAAUCUUGAAGCCUAACGACGUCUCGGUGUUUUCUACUUUGAGCAUCAACGGCCGAUUAUUUGCUUGUCCUCGAGAACAGCUCAACAGUCUGACUCCUCUUGCGGACCAGGAGGGUCCCUCUGCAGGCUCCAUGUCAACGUUUGAGCUGAUGAGCUCCAAGGACCUGGCUUAUCAAAUGACAAUGUUUGACUGGGAGCUCUUCAGCUGUGUACAUGAGCACGAGCUGCUCUACCACACGUUCGGCCGUCACAGCUUCAGACGAACCACGGCUAAUCUGGACUUGUUCCUGAGGAGGUUCAACCAGGUCCAGCUGUGGGUGGUCACUGAAGUCUGCCUGUGCAGUCAGCUCAGCAAGAGAGUCCAGCUCCUCAAGAAGUUCAUCAAGAUAGCUGCACACUGUCGAGAAUUUAGGAACUUGAAUUCAUUCUUUGCCAUCAUCAUGGGAAUGAGCAACCCUGCUGUCAGCAGACUGAGCCAGACAUGGGAGAAACUCCCCACCAAGUUUAAGAAGUUCUACGCCGAGUUUGAGAGCAUGAUGGACCCAUCUAGAAACCACCGAUCCUACCGACUUACUGUCACCAAGCUGGAACCGCCAAUCAUCCCCUUUAUGCCUCUCCUUCUUAAAGAUAUGACGUUUACACAUGAAGGCAACAAGACAUUCAUUGACAACAUGGUCAAUUUUGAGAAAAUGCGUAUUAUAGCCAACACAAUUCGCCAAGUGAGGCACUGUAGAAGCCAAGCAUUCAAUCCUGACAUUUGCCAGCCAAACAAGAACCAGGCGGAGGUUCGGGGUUACGUUAGGAAGCUCUGUGUGAUUGACAACCAGAGGGCGCUGACGCAGCUCUCCUACAGGCUGGAACCUCGGCGGACAUGAGCUCCAGAUCUUCCACCACCAUCGCCUUCUCUGUGACGUUAGCAUACAAAAAAAACCACACACACACAUAUUACCUGGAUAAAAUAACCCAACUCAACUGGAGGUUUAGUAGCAAAUCACAGCAGUCAGUGACUUUAGUACUAUUAUGGACUCCAAUGGAUGGAGGAUUUAUACUGUGCCAUUAAAAGCCUCUUCUUCCUGGACAGACGGAAACUGUUCGGCUGCUCUCGUCGCCGUGUCUCAGCCGUCAGACUGAGGGUUUAUAUCGUGCUAGUUAUUCCUGUUUGGGACCUGUCAGAUAGAACUGUAAUGUAUAGAACUUGAAUCAAUAUCCUGCAUGAUGGAACUUCAUAGGCUUUGUGUUCUAUACAGUGGAUUUCUGUCAGUGUCCCGAAAUGUCGUGCUACCCCAGAUGAGCCCUAGUUUACAAUACAUGACUGUACCUGCCUGUAGAGCAAACCUUUCUCUCCUGAUGGUCCUACUCAUAGCCAGAAAACACAGGAAACCACAAACUGUAGUGAUCUAGACUCUUCAUUUUCCCUGUUGACUAUACAGAUAAUUAUGGAAUCUGAGUAUGUAUUUACUUCAUAAUCUAAAUGAGUAUAUCAGAGUCAUUGAAAAGUCCUUAGGAUGUGAUGUCCUUUAGGUAAUAUCCCGUAACUAGUCAAACAAUUUAAAACUACUUAACACCGUAUUAGCUGGAUUGAAGCCCUAAUGGUAUUACGAACAGUGUUCAAAUUGAUCACUGGAGUAUAAUAUUUAACCACAAAUCAUUCUUGAUGACGAAGUUGCCUGGUUGGAUCUGUUCUGAGGUCAGCUGCACAACCAAACUGCACUUCUCUGAUUUGGACUGAUUGUAGAUAAGAGUCUAAAGGUAGCUUCAAGUUUGAGGGGCAAUCUUGUCAUCUCAACCAGUUGUGUUCAGUCUGUGUAAUUUUAUUUUUGUAUAUGUGGGUGUAGACUUUGAGUGUGUUCUUGACAAGUGUCAUUAAUUUUCCUUUGAUCUCAGGAGCUUUUGCUGUGGUGGUGUGUGUUGAGAACUGCCGUGAGGCUGCCUUUCCCCCAAAGCAGCCUGUAACUGUAUAGGAGUGUUUCAGAUGACGUCACACUUCCGGGCUAUUAGCUGGUCCGCCAUAUUGGGUGGCGAGUGUUGAAAUUGUUGUGGUCAGGAGUCGGCGAGCAAGAUAAGUUUUGAGCAAGAUAAAUAUAGUUUGCAGUGUGACUGGGGACAAGAAUGGUUCACGCCUGUUGUGUCCACGGCUGCCACAACAGGGCAGAAGGCCCAAUUAAAUGGAGCCGAGGGUGAACAGACAAGGAAACUCAGCCGGCUGAGGCACCACACACUUGGCAAUUAGUAUCUGUUUUUUAACCCGUAUUAUUAAGAAAUUGUCAUUUUCACUUUUACUUUGUAUUCUAUCAUUCAAUUCGUCUUCCAUAAAUACACUUUAUUGUGGUAAAAUAAACUUUUAGUGCAUGAAUUGGUUUGAAAACACAAUUGAAAUCUCGCAAACAGCCAAAAGUCUUACUCAAAUUUGAUUAUUUUAUAGAAAUAAAAAAAAUAAAUUUCGGGAGUUUUAAUGUAUGCCAAAUGAAAGAUAACAAAUAUAUACUUUAGACAAUUGUGGAAAUUGGGUGUUUCAACAGUUAUUAUUUGCUUUGACCUAAAGAUCUUUUCAAAAUAGCUGCUUCUCAAAGCGAGGAUUCGCGUUGCCCCAACAGGACACCAGACUGGGAGGUUAGCUCACAUUAGCGUGAUCCUAGCCAGACUCCACUGUUUAUUCCAGUUAAUUUAAUUUAGAUCGACCAAUGAUACGCUAAUUAAUAGAAAAAAAUCAUUAGGUUCAUUGUUGGUUAAAUCAGCGACCUGAAUUAAUGCCGAUUUCAGACGAAUUCUACACCAAACUGUGUUCAAAAUCUCGGCAAAAAAAUCUGUCUGAAGUGCUACUUCCUCAUAUUAUGAGCGCAAACGGCUAAAACUUACUCAAACUACUUCACUUCAGGCAGGCCGUUGUGGGUGCUUGUCCAGUCCUUCUGUGUAACUUGAUAAGGAUCGAUUCCAUCAAUUAACUCCAACUUCCUCUGAUAUUGGUCUUUUGAAGUGCUAUCAAGUGUGUCAAUAUACUUUUUCAGCUGAGUGGCAGCCAUAGCCAACAAAUAUUAGGCUAAAAGAUAAACUCCAGUCUCAACAAAGUUUGCCACUCAAAAUGGCGCUGAGCUACUUACUGACCCAGAUGUGUGACGUCAGUGAAACACUCCGAUUGUACGUGUAGUCUGCCUUGUAAAUAAAAAUAGCUAAUUUAACAGUG